CCAUCUUAGGAAAAAGAUGUUCUCGUCCAUGGCGCAUCUGGCGCGGGCGAACCCAUUCAACGCGCCCCACCUGCGGCUGGUACACUAUGGCCUCACGGGCCCCCGCAGCAGCCCCGCGGGGCCCCCGGGCCCGCGCCGUUCCCGCAAUCUGGCAGCAGCCUCUGUGGAAGAGUACAGUUGCGAAUAUGGCUCCAUGAAGUUUUAUGCACUGUGUGGCUUUGGUGGGGUCUUAAGUUGUGGUCUGACACACACUGCUGUCGUUCCUCUGGAUUUAGGGAAAUGUCGCAUGCAGGUGGACCCCCAGAAGUACAAGGGCAUAUUUAAUGGAUUCUCAAUCACACUUAAAGAGGGUAGUGUUCGUGGUUUGGCUAAAAGAUGGGCUCCGACUUUCAUUGGCUACUCUAUGGAGCGGCUCUGCAAGUUUGGCUUUUAUGAAGUUUUCAAAGUCUUGUAUAGCAACAUGCUUGGGGAGGAGAAUGCCUAUCUCUGGCGCACAUCACUGUAUUUGGCUGCUUCUGCCAGUGCUGAAUUCUUUGCUGACAUUGCCCUGGCUCCUAUGGAAGCUGCUAAGGUUCGAAUUCAAACCCAACCAGGUUAUGCCAACACUUUGAGGGAUGCAGCUCCCAAAAUGUAUAAGGAAGAAGGCUUAAAAGCAUUCUACAAGGGAGUUGCCCCUCUCUGGAUGAGACAGAUACCCUACACCAUGAUGAAAUUUGCCUGCUUUGAACGUACUGUUGAAGCAUUGUACAAGUUUGUGGUUCCUAAGCCCCGAAGUGAAUGUUCAAAGGCAGAGCAACUGGUUGUAACAUUUGUGGCAGGUUACAUAGCUGGAGUCUUCUGUGCAAAUGUUUCUCACCCUGCUGAUUCAGUGGUAUCUGUGUUGAAUAAGGAGAAAGGUAGCAGUGCUUCUCAAGUUCUUCAGAGACUUGGAUUUAAAGGUGUAUGGAAGGGACUCUUUGCCCGUAUCAUCAUGAUUGGCACUGCACUACAGUGGUUCAUCUAUGACUCUGUGAAGGUCUACUUCAGGCUCCCUCGCCCUCCUCCACCUGAAAUGCCAGAGUCUCUGAAGAAGAAGCUUGGGUUAACUCAGUAGAAUGAUCAAAGCAAAUGUGGACUGAAUCUGCUUGUUGAUCAGUGUUGAGGAAAGUGCAAGAGGAACUUUUAUAUAUUUGACAGUAUAGGAAAUUGUCUAUUCCUGGUAUAAUUACUGUAGUCUCUUGCCUAAGGUGAGGGUUUCAAACCCACUGUUGAAAUAAACCCAACUAUUCAU